UUUAUUUGUUUUGGAAGCAUCAACACCUGCAGGGCCCUCCCUUCCCCCCCUCUAUUUACGUAAAAUGGUUCAGUCCGACUGGAUCAGCUGCAGGUAGAGCACGACGAUUUGUCACAGACAGACAGCGCCACAGCGGGCAAAGCGGAGGAGACAGCAGUAUGCCUAAAAAAUCAGGCAGCCAAAAAAGACAGGAAAAUAAAAUAAGAGAGGAGAAGGAGUUGAAGGGUCGACAAUAUGUCACCCAAUAUUUCCCAAAAAAAGAGUCAAGUGCACCAGCAGCAGCAGCUGUCUGUCAGCCCCCAAGUCCCCCUGCCCCUGAAUCAGCCCCAGUGCCCCCACAUGAGGAAGGAGUUUUUCACCCUAUGAGCUGCAUACAGGUCAGCCAUUCACAGGACCAGCAGCUCCCCAUGGAAGGAGGACUCAGCGUAAAACCAAAAUGGUAUUUUACACAAAAAAUUGCAGAAUUUGUGUGCCAGUUCUUCUGUACAGAUUCCCUUCCGCCCGCUGAGAGGGUCAAGAUCAAGGUCACCAAACGCAAGUGGACGGAGCUCAGGUGGACUGGUCCCUUCAAGGUCGUGGAACAGACGUUCCACGCCCUUCGACUGGCUAGUGGAGGGGACACCUGGUACCACCUCUCCCUCUGCACUACUGCUGAAGAACCUGACAGAUCACCAGGGGAUGUCAUUGCUGACAUCGCCACAACAUCUGCCCCUCAGCCCAGGAGACGAGAGAGAUUUUCUACCUACAUUACUCUUUUCAACUUCUAUAUUGUAUAUCCUUGUGUGAGACCAAUCCAGUAUGCUAAAUGUUUCUUAGUUUUUCUUGCUUGUUUUCAGCAUAACUACAUGUGUCGUUACAUUAAGUGAAGUUUGAUGUUUAUCCCCGUUUUGUUACCUAAAUUACUCUGAUAUUGAUAGACGAAAGGCAGGAUGUUACACCCGGUAGUAUUCCCUGACGGACUGGUGCUUGGGCGUGUUCUACUGUCUUUGUGUCUCAGUUCUUCCUUCCCGACGACAGUGACUGACAAGUGUCUUAGAACAUACAGCGGACUUUAAAUAGACUGGGUCAAAGGGGAUAGCAAGACUUAUUUUUUGACCUGUGCAGUGUGAUUAAUUACGGGGGACACAAUAGCUAUUACCGUGGUAAUAACCUCUAUAUUUGUAACGACUCAACCCUGAACCAUUGGUGUCGGAUGCAGACAACAUACUCUGGUAAGUGGUGCCCAUCGUCCCUUUUAUGUUGUUUUGGGGGUUGACCUGACUGAUACAGACUCUAAAGGAAUUAUUAAAAUUAAUGUCCUUGAGAGGGCGUUAACUACCUCUACACCCUCUGUAGCACCUAAAGUACCACCCCACCUUGGUGGUGUUUCAAAGGCUCUCACAUCUGUGCGUGCUAAUGACAUCACCACCGAAGGCCUGGUAACUUUGACCUUAGGAGCGGGUGCAGACAACCUGUGGCUCAGGUGGAUGCAAAAACCUGGGUGACUGUGUUGCUUCUUCCGCUGGACGUCCCUUUCCCCACACUUACCCCGCCCCUUUUAAGUUGACUGACCAACCUGACUCGUGACGCCGUUGAGGGACUUGCUGAACAACUUGCCCCGACCUCCCUCAGGGCCGUUCAGAUCCGCAUAGCCCUUGACCGCAUCCUAGCCAAGGAAGAAGGAGUGUGUGCAAUGUUUGGUGACCAAUGCUGUACCUUCAUUCCUAACAACACUGCCCCCGAUGGCUCAGUUCA